AUGGCUGAAUUUAAAUCAUCAAAAGAUCAUUUAGUUUCUGCAUUAUUUGAAUUAUCAAAAAGUGCUCAAAGUGCUGCAAGUGCUGCAUUAGAUUUUUAUAAAGUCGCAGCUGGUGAUAAUGAUGAAGUUACAGUUGAACAAUUAAAAGCUAUUAAUGAUAAUAUGAAAGCUGCUGUUGAUAUUGCAAAUGGUUUAAAACAUGAAGGUUCUGCCACCAAAAAGAGAAAAGUCGAAAGAGACCCUAACGCACCUAAAAAACCAUUAACUAUGUUUUUCGCUUUUAGUUUUUUCAUUCGUAAAAAAGUUGCAGAAGAAAGAAGAAGACAACAAUUACCAAAUUUAGGUGCAAUAGAUAUGAAUCAAAUGGUUAAAGAAAGGUGGGAUAAUAUUUCUGAAGAAGAAAAGAAAAAAUGGCAACAUAAAUAUCAAGAUGAAAUGAAAAUUUAUUUAAUUGAAAAAGGAAAAUAUGAACAAAGUUUAAAAGAUGGUACUGAUUAUAAAGCUCCAACUGAUUUAUAUUCAAGUGGAUAUGAAGGUAUUGAUAUUAAAACCCCUGCUAUUGAAGCUAUUGAAGACGAAGAUGAUGACGAUGAAGAAGAUGAAGCUCCACCAGCUUUAUCACAAGAAGAAUUGAAAAGAAAAAGAAAACAAGAAAAGAAAGAAAAAAAAAAAAAGUCUCAACAAUCCCCAUAA